AUGAAGCAAAAUACCCCACAAAUAGGAACUGGAGCGCAGGAACCAUCGCAAGCAAUGCAAAGGGAAUCGGGAUCGUCGGGUUUAACAGAGAAAGAAAAGGCUUUAAUUCCAGUCGAUGUUGCGAAUGAUGCUGCCAUUUCUGGAGAUCAAGAGACGGAGAAAUCUCUUGUUGAUGUUGAUAAUGAGGAAGAUGAUGCGGGAAGGAAGAAGAUUGCUGUUUUGGCUCAUGAAAACAGGUGUCAAAAUCAGUUUGGAAUCCUAGCAGAAACGGGGAAUAUGGAUGAUGAAGAUUGUUCUGAAGAUGAAGGGCUGAAUAUAUUGGCGGAUGAGUUUCCAGCGAAAGAAUUUCAACCAGCGGAAGUAACACUUCAGUCUCCAUUGGUGGACGGUCGGAGGAAGUCUCCGGUAACAAGCGUCGGGCAGGAAAACCCUAGAGUCUCGCAGCCUCAUCCAAACUCUCACCCGAAUCCUGAUCUUGCGCAAUCAGCUCCUCGAAUGCAAUCCAAUUCCGAAAAUCCUCAACUCUCGCACUCUCUCUCCCAGGUUCAACCAACUUCCGCGCCUUCCGUGGUUGUUCGAGCUGCGCAAUCAGCGCCUCAAAGCCAAUCUUUUCUGUUUCUUCAAAUUUUGAAACAAAAUAACUCACACUCAUCUGAAAAUUUCCAAAGUUCUCCCGCAGUUAACGCCCCCAUCAAUGACACCUCUCCUGUAAUCCUAAAAUCAAUUCAUUCAAAUUCUGGAGAAGUAUUUUCGAAAAAUACUCCCAUCAAUGCUAAGGAUAAUGACCAGUCUCCCAUGGAUUCAAUCAAUGCUACCAGCAGCGGCGGGCGAGCUUCUUCGCCUAUGGAAUCACUGGUGGAUUUUCCACCAUAGUGGUGAAGUUUCAUCAUCGAAAGUCAAGGAGAUCCAGCGCAAUUCAGCGAUGGGAAGUCCACCGUUAGAACAACAAAGUCCCGUGAAUUCAGCCUCACUUGCGCAGUCAACGCCAAAGCAGCUGGC